GUUUCGUAAAACAGCUAUGCGUAGCAUUGUUGCAACGAUGAUGACAGUUUUAGUUUACAUCAUGGUGAUCUUGUAAGAACUGUCAACGUCAAUCAAUCGGAAGGAAUGUCUCAUAAGGGAGCAAUUAAAAAAGAUUCAUCCGCCAAGAAUGGAGACCAAUCAAAUGUUAAAUCAAAAUCAAAAAGUUCAUUAUCUUUUAAAAACUCGGACGACUCUGAAAAAAUGGAUUUGAAAUUAAUGAGGACAUCUCAAACUCUUGAAAAAAGAAAAGACAAUAAUAGUCAUCUAAGACUGACACAAAAUUUACAGUCAAGUAAAAGUAGUACAAGAUAUUCUCUUAAAUCCUCUAAAAGUGUCCCAACCAAUGAAGGUUUCUUCCCGACAUCCAAAUCAAAUGUUAAUAAUUCUAAAAUAUCAUCAAAAAGUAUUUUAACAACAAAAUCAUUAAUUGAACCUGUAAAACCAUCAAGCAGUAAAAAUACUAAAAGUAGUAUUAGAAAAAUACAGAGUAAUUAUUCAGAAAAGAGAGGACUGAGUACAAUAUUCAUACCACAGUCACUUACAAGUAAAAUUAAUACCAAAUCAUCUAAUAAAAGUAUUAACUCAAUAUCAAAAGAAGAAGAAAAAGUUAGAACACGUUCAAAUUCAUCAGAAACAACUGAAUCGAAACUGAAGACUAGACAACGUAGAUUGUCUAGAAUAUUAAGUCCAGAUGAAGUAAAAAUAUUACAUUCUGCUACUAGUAGAUCAAAUUCCAUACAGAAGACAGACCAAAGUAAGAAAGAAAAAAUAGAAGUUCAGGCAGAUGAUAAAUAUAAUUACGAAGAUGAUUUUGAGGAUUAUGAAUCUGAUUUUCAAGAAUGCACAGACAGUGAAACAUCUGAAGUUAGUGAAGAAACAAAUGUUACUCAUACUAAUGUACCAUUGGAUCCAAUUGAAUUGCAUACUGCAAAACAACGCAAAAUUGUGAAUAGUGGUGAACAGAAAGAGGAAGAACAUAUGUAUGAUUCUGGUCAUUAUGAGCUUACAGAAGCAAGGAAGAGAGCAGCAAGAAUAGAAUCAAUUGCAAAUGAUCCAAAGCUAUCUUCUCUUCUUGAGAUAAAGCAACCAGUUAAUAAAUCAUAUAGCGAGGAUAGAUCAGAAAAUAAAUCAUUGCCAUUAUCUACUGAUGAAGGAUUCGAAGAUAGUCGUUCUGGUGAUUUCGCAAAAUCACCACCACUCUCGCAAAUUUCGUUUAUCGAUUUUCGUCGAGCUAAGGAAGAACAAAAACCAAAGAAGGACAAAAAGAAAUCCAAGAAAAGCUUAAAUAGAGGUGAAAGGUUAUUAGAAAUGAUAAAAUUAGAUGUUAUGGAGUGGUCUCUUUUGGAAUGUUCACCUAUACCAUAUGAAGAAUUUAUUAGAAAUUAUGGAAAAUUAAAUACCCAACAAAUAUCCAUGCAAACUGGUGAAGAUAAUAUUGAUAUAGAAACACAAACGGAGGAAAUAAUAUUUAGAAACAAAUGGACUCAAUUUCCAAUAACUUGUAAAAAAAAUUUACAAACCAAGGAAGAUUUAGACUUAUUUCGUAUGGAUCAAAUUGGAGUUGGUAGUGAUAAUAAUAUAGAAACUAUGAACUCUUUGUUAUCACAAUCCUUUGAUGUAUUGCGAUUAAAUGACUUUAUGAACCGCGCAGGCAAAGUAAUGUUAUCAUUACUGGAGGAAAGACGAUCUGGUGGUAAUGUAUUUAAAAACGAGGAAGAGAUAUCGUUCAGUGACGGUGUUGUUAAACUUUCUAUAAAUUCCAUAACAUUUCUGGCUGGUAGAGCGGUAACGAUAAUUCAUUAUUCAGAAGUCUUAAAUAAAAUUCUACUCACUAUUCAUUCUCCAGCUGAAGAAGAAAUUGAGACAUCCAGCAAACAAGAUUAUAUAACCGAUUGUUGUAUCGGAUGCGUUUGGAACAUUUCUGAACCAUCAAUGCCAAUUAAAUUAUUGUAUUCUACUUGUCCUAUUACAUCGUGCUGUUUUCAUUCAACUAAUUACAACGUCGUAUUUGCUGGACUUCAGGAUGGGUCGAUAAGCCUUUGGGAUUUAAAGGAAGAUGAAAUGUGGCAUGAGAAAGUAACAGAUAAAGCCAACAAUUUAGAUUGGACAAUACGAAUGCCUACAUAUACUACCGCACCAAUAGAAAUAAAUUAUACAGCAGAAAUUGUUGCAAUACGUAUAUUAUCUAAAAUUGAAGAAAAGUCAAUAGAACGACAUAAUACUAAAUUUGUACCAAUACAGAUAUGUAGUUUGAAUGAAAAUGGUUUGCUUGUUAUAUGGAGUGUUUUACAUAAGAUGGGCAAAAAUGUUGAUGAUAUAGGACUAUCAUUUUGGGGUAGUAUAAAACUUGUUAAAAAUCAAGAAAUCUUUUUACAAUCUCAUCAUAAAAAAAAAAAAACCAAUACUGCUACCUUCGUUGAUAUACAUGUGGAUUGUAUUGAUAGUAACAAUUUUUAUAUUAUAACUAACAGUAAUAAUAUUUUGCAUGGUACUUGUAUUGGUAACAAAGCUAAUCCUGCUGUAUAUACGAAAUUGGAUACUUAUUCAUAUGGAAAUGUAACUUGUAUAGAUACCUGUCCAUUUGAAUAUUCGUUUUUUCUGGUUGGCUGCGAUGAUGGAACAAUUCGAUUGCACUCUUUAAGUAUUGAAAAACCAAUUUUACAAUUAAAAGAUGAAGAUAAUACUUAUGUUAUUAAAUCGAUACAUUGGUCAAGAUCGAAACCAUUUACAUUUUUUGUACUAGACGAUAAAUCAUGUAUACAUAUAUGGGAUUUAAAUAAUAGUGAUAUAUAUCCUACAUAUAAAAUAAAUGUACAAAAUGGUGGAUAUAUAAAAAGUAUGCAAUUAUCAUACUGCAAAACAAAACGCGAUAUGUCUCAUCAAUACUUGGCGUUUGGUACAGAAUCUGGGCAUGUAGAAAUACACAAAUUAAAGGCGAAUUUUUAUCAUUCAAAAGAAGAAGAUUAUUUACAAGAAUUAAAUACUUUCAUGGGAUACGUAGCAACUUUAUAAGAUGAUAGAAACUGUUCAAAGGAAUUGAAAUUUUUUUUAUACUUCCAGUAAAUUGAAACGAUUUUUAUAUCCCUUAGAUAUACGUUUGUAUCUUCAAAGUAGAUGGUACAUAUUUAAAUAGUAUUUAAGGACAAUUAUAUGAUUAUAAUAUAUGUGUCCAGUAAAAAUUUUUUAAACUACAUCACUUUAACAAGCAAAGCUAGCAAUUUGUAUAAAACUGUUAUUAUUUAUUAUGCACGUUAUUCACCGUAAUGCACAAAAUCGAUGCCGUCCAUGAAUUGAAUACAAUUCAUAAUUUUAUAUUAUAAAAAUGUAUUUAAAUAAUAUGCUCGUAAUGAAAACCUU